AUGGAUAAUGCUCCAGCACAUCCACCAAAUUUGGAAGACAACUUGGAUAGUGAACAUGACUUCAUCAAGGUCAAAUUCCUUCCACCCAACACAACUCCAUUACUGCAACCAAUGGAUCAGCAAGUGAUUUCCAAUUUUAAAAAGCUGUAUACCAAGGCACUAUUUACCAUGUGUUUUCAGGUUACCAAUGAUACCAACUUAACUCUUAGAUCUUUUUGGAAGGAGUAUUUUAACAUCCUGCAUUGUAUCAACCUUAUUGACAAAGCCUGGAGUGAAGUCUCUCACUGCACUUUGCGAUCGGCCUGGAGGAAACUUUGGCCAACUUCUGUCCCAGAGCGAAACUUUCAGGAAUUUGAAGAAGAAAGCUCUCCUGAUGUAGUGCAUGAAAUCGUGUCCAUUGGCAAAAGUUUGAGAGUAGAGGUAGAUGAUGCAGACAUGGAGGAGUUACUGAAAGACCAUCAAAAUGAACUAACAACAGAAGAGCUGGUUGCAAUGCAGGAAGAACAGAUGAAAGUGUUACAAGAAGAGCAUUUGUCAGAGGAAGAGGCUAGGGAAGAAAUCAUCAGUGCUGAGAUCAAGGAAAUUUGCAGAAAAUGGAACGAUGUGCAGGAAUUUAUCGAGAAGCACCAUCCUAACAAAGUUGUGGCUAAUAGGGACGACACUGUGCUAGCGCAUUUUAGAAAAAUUUUGAUUAUCAUACUCUCUUAA